AUGGACCGUGAUCACCAAACAGUUGAUAAUUUAGGAGAAUCGUACACCCCCACGACUAAUGUCGAAUUCUCGGGCGGUAGCCUACCUCGGCCGUGGCUCGGAGCCAAGCUCGAUUCGACAAAUUUCAGCCUAGAGCUAACAAAUUUCUGGCAUCGAGUACAAUGGCCGACACCAAGAAUCGCCAAGAAAACUGAUCCCUCGAGCACCUUACUUUACUUUGUGACCGGGAGAGACGACGAAAUCACGUACAUACCCAAUACACAUGCCGUCGACGCUAUUGCCCGACUAUGGAUUCCACAGCUGAAAGAAACCCAGAACUCAUAUACGGUUAAGUCCGGAGCCUCGGAUUAUACAACAAGAAAGACGAAUGUCAGGCGUGUUACCGGUACUCUGAUUGGAGCCGUGAUGAAACGGUCAUAUUUCCAGGUCUUGGAGACACUUAUGGCCGAAGAUUUAUUACAGACGUGCCAUAGUAUGACUGCCUGGUGGGACACCGUAUCAACGCAGAUCAGUCUGAUCGACCUGACCGAAGCAGAUGACAAGAAUACUGAGGUGAAUGAUUGGAGGAUGGAUGAGGCUAGACUGUACUACUCAAUCGAGGAUUCGGAGGGAUGCAAUCAGUGCCCGUCGUGGUGGGUGCCUUCUCGGAAGGGAUACGCGGAGUUUGACAGAGAUCAUAUGAUCAUGGACCACGAUAAACUAGUCAGGCAGAGCACAUCUGAGUCUUUGAAUCUUGCUCCCCUACAAAUUGAUAGCACCCUGUCGAACAAUGGGUAG